AUGGGAAGAUCGAAGGUUAACCUACAACUAGCUUGUCGAAAGCUGGGUGAAGGCGGAUGUGGAGUGAUCUACGAGGUAGCACUCAUCGAGUCACCUCAUCGACGCUUUGCUUUCAAAGCGGAGAAUUCUGAUAGUGGACAUGAAGAAGAAUACCUAAAAAUGGAAGAGAAAGUGUUGAGAAAGAUCAACAAAAACAAUGCAAUUCAUUGUCCAAUGUGGAUUGAGAGUGGUAAAGUAUGUCUAUCAAGAAAUCACGCAGUAAUUAUUGUUCCAACAUUAAAGAAAAAACUUUUUAUAUUAUGUCAUAAACAAAAUUUUGGAUGGAAAUUCACAUUAUUCACCGUUACCGUUGUCGCAGUGCAGGCUGUGGACUCACUCAAAGAAGUCCAUGACGCUGGCUUUGUCCACCGUGACGUGAAACCGUCCAAUUAUGCGAUUGGAUUACCAGGAACACCGAAAGAAAAACUUAUCUACAUUCUUGAUUUCGGUUUAGCAAGAUCAUUCAGAGUAACUCCGGACGGUAAGGAAGCGCUUCGGAAUCCACGAAAACUUGUACAGUUCAGAGGAACGAAACGCUACUGUUCUGUCAAUGCCCACAGUCGGGAAGAGCAGGGUCGGCAUGACGACCUCUGGUCACUCUUCUACAUGCUCGUCGAAAUGCUUAUCGGCAGUCUUCCAUGGAAAAACAUGACAGAUCACGGACAGACCGAGCGCGAAAAAACCUUGAAAGAAGCCGAUCUUCUGGAACAAUGUCCCAAAGAGUUCGAGCUCUUUGUUGUUCACCUGAAACAACUCACUUAUGCGAUCGCUCCAGGUAUAACUGUGGUUCUGUGGCCAGAUGACUUUUAUGACUUCAUGUUUGCUAAGUUGCGAAGCAAAUGCACAGAAACACAUCCAAACUCCAUUGGAAAGACUUUUAAAACUUUGCGGAUGAAGAAACAUCAAAUUUGGAGAAUCUUCUUCAUAUUGAUGUUUCUAUCUAGAUAUCACAACAAAAUUUUCAAGCACGAUUAA